AUGGCAGAUACACCGCUUCCAUCGUCACAUGUAGAGUUGUCGCCCUUAUUUGAAGAGUCGGACAGUCCCAUAUCGUACAAAGUCAAUAUUGUAGGCUCGAUUGGCAAUGUGAACUGUUCUAACAAGCCAGCCGACAGAGACACUAUCAUCUCCAAUCGAUCGCUUACUCAGUCGAACCGAGACACUAUCCUCUAUAUCGACAAAAUCAAUACUUUUGUGGAUAGAGUUUCCGAGGAUGGAGCAGUCGAGCCUAUUAAAAAAAGCAAAUUGAGCGUGUCGUUUGUCGAGCCAUUGUUGAGCUCUCAUCAAUCUGCUGAUGCCAUGAUUCAAGACUGUCAUAAAACCAAUAUCGAUGUGCCCUUGUCCGACCCAAUAGACAAUAUCUCUGCUUCUUCUGAUAUGAUUCUACCAGCACAUGAUGAUCAUAGGAAUACAGCGCCGAUUUCAUCACCCGCACCAGCACGAUUUUCCACGCAUGCACAACUGCAUCAGUUGAAAAGUCAAAAAACUGUACCUCAGAAUCCAACAAGAGCCUCAGUGAUUACUCCAAAUUCAACAGCUGUUGCUGUGCCAGCAGCAGCACUUUCUCCACCUACAAAACAUACUUUUACUUCCAAUUUAUCUCCUGUGUAUUGCAGCCAGUCAACGCUUUAUCCCGAGUCCGACAUAAGCUAUAAACUCGAAUCUAGAGAGUCGGCUCUUGUUGAACGCAAGACAAACACGUUUGAUUUUUUGUUUCAUCGGGAAACUCCACCAUCAGUGCUUCGAUGUUUAUCGGCAAAGUCUGCAUUGAUUCCAAGUAAAACUUUGCUCAUCAUCCGAGUGGUUAUGCUUAUAUACUCUACAUGCAUUAUUGUGUGGCGCCUUACCGUUAGUCCUAAAUUUCUGUAUUACCUCAGCAACUGGUCUUGGGUUUUUUUAUGGUUGUAUCUCACGGCUGCUGUAGCACAUAAUUUUCUUUAUUAUAACCGCAGAUUAAUGCCAGGUUGUCUAUUAGAUCGCGCUAUGCCGUAUCUUUUUGCAAACUCUGUGACACUUAUUAUUAUUACUGUAUCAGUAUUCUGGGCUCUUCUCAACCAUAAAGUAUCUGAACAAAACAGCUCAGUAGAAAAAUUCAGCGUGAUCAACACCCACAUCACAGCUCUUGUUGUUGUUCUAGUCGAUCUGAUUCUUACCCGAACCAUUGUCUAUCCUCGCCAUGUAGUAGCGCCGAUUGUUUGCAUUGUUUCUUAUAUUGUCAUGGUAUUGCUGGUAAACUGGAGUUUUGAACUGCCUUUUCCGUACCCAUUCUUUUCCGAAGUUGUUCACUAUGGAACUGUUAUGCCAAUUCUAGCUGUUAUACUUUCCACCGCUGCUUUCUUUAUGAUCCCAUUUUUCCUGUGUCGUACUCGAGAUUGGCUUUUUAAAGACAUGGUUGCCAAUGCUAGGAUAAACAGUGUUGCCACAAUCUAA